AUGAUGCCAACUAGAGUUUGCAUAGUUGGAGCGGGUCCUUCAGGUUUAUACGUGGCUAAAGCACUAAAGAGGUACAUCCAGGGCGUAAAGAUUGACUUUUUUGAAAAACUAGACCAACCACUAGGUCUACUCAAGUUUGGCGUCGCCCCUGACCGACAAAGCCUCCGACAAACCGGGCAGAAACUCGUACAAGACGAUUUCCGCUUCUUUUACAAUGUCACAGUGGGCAAGGAUAUUCAAAUUCCAACUCUUUUAAAAGAUUACAAUUUUUGUGUGAUAUCGUGCGGUGCCGAAUCCCCUGUUUCUCUAAAAAUACCUGGAGAUGACACCCUAGGUGUUUUUGACUCUUUGGAUUUCAUUCGCUGGUACAACGGAUAUAAAUAUAUAGACACCUCUGGAAGUGUAAAGAGGUAUUUUAAUCGUCUAGCUACCCUUGGUAGACCUACAACAGCUUGUGUUAUUGGAAACGGAAACGUAGCAUUGGAUGUAUCUAGAAUCCUUCUCGCUCCAGAAGAGUCCCUUUUAGACACACCAAAGACUCUUAUUAAUGAUAUAUCUGCUGCAAACAUCUGCAAGGUCAAUGUCUUGGGCAGAAGAGACUGGAUUUAUAGCAAAUUUACAAAUUCUGAACUUAGACACCUUUUAAACUCUCCGUCCCUACUUUCGGUUGUAGAUCCCUCUGUAAAUAUCCAGGAUAGUACAAACAGGAUCCUACAACGGAAAGGUGAUAUUUACAAGUCUAUGCAAGGGAAUUGGGGAUCCGAAAAGAACAAGAUUUUGCAAUUUCAUUUUUCAACUACAGCUGAAAAAAUACACGAAGAAGAGGGACAAGUUGCGAGAUUGGAUGUGAAAAAGAGAGAAACGGUGCAUUUUACAAGUAUUCCAUGUGAUUUACUGAUAAAGUGCAUUGGAUAUACACAUAACGAAAUAGCCAAGGAACUUGAAAAAUAUAUUGAUAACAAAAGAGUAUUUUCCUCUGGUUGGUUCAAGAGUGAAGGAAAGGGUGAUUUAUCUGCUACAAUUCGUGAAAGUGUUGAGCUUGCGAAACUCAUAGCAGGAUCUUCUCAUUAG